UAAUAACACAGCGCUCCAACCCGCCAAGCUUAUCCCCCCUAACUCAUUAACCGCCUAACGCUCGUUUUUAUUCUGUAGCCCAGUGCAUUUUAGCGGUCGGUAGCUGUGAUCAGGAAUCCUGAUCCCAAACCAAGCAUCCUUGCCCUUGUUUUGGCCCGGGAGCAAAUCUUCUCCCCUUGUCCAUUAUUCUCCGCGUCUUCCGAAGUUCGUUCUUUAUUUAUCUUAACGUAAACUCUUUUUUUAUCGACUCACCCAACCAAACCUAUUUGUUGUGACAACCUUUAAGCUUCUUUUUUUUUACCCUUUUCAUCCUCUGUUUCUUUUUACGUUCUCCUCUUUGCAGUCGGCACAUGCCGCAAUAGAAGACAUCAUGGCUCAAGCGCAAACUCAAGAGAAUGAACAAGAUUUGGGUGAGCCGCAGUUUGCCUACCACGCCGUCGUCGAGCCAAUCUUCAUCGUCGGUGUCAUGAUCGCUUCAUGCUACUUCAACCGCCUCCGAAACUUCUCCAUCAUCCCUUCGUCAAAAAGCGCCGACCAAGGUCUCCUCGGCCAAUCGAAGCCGGAGCCAUGGGACGAGGAGGACGUCCACGACGAGACAGAACGCCUCAACCUCGCUGACGCAGCGUCGCCGACGGAAACACACCCGCCCAAGAAGAGAACGUGCUGCGGCACUGUGGUUCACACGCCCAACUCGAGCCGAUACGCCAAAUACUGGCACUCGCGCUUCAUACAAAAGUUUCCGUUCCUCGUGGAGAUGUUCUACUGGGUGGUCAAUCUACUCUUCUACGUCGGCGUCAAGUCGGCGAGUGAGCUUAUCGCCGCCACGGAUGGCGUCUGGCAGACUGCGGAGAACCAUGGAAAGGCGGUCUUGUGGUUUGAGCAUGAGGGCCCGUUUAGCUGGAUGUUUCCUCUGCGGGAGAUUGAUGUCCAGAGCUUCUUCAGGAACGAUCACCAGACGAUGCUGACCAUCUUGAACCGCGCUUACUCCCUGAUUCACAUCCCCGUCACUGUCAGCUUCCUUGCAUGGUAUUACUACGCCGCUCCGACGCACGCCCAAUUCGCUGAGGCUCGUCGCAUGAUGACGCUCACAAACCUCUUCAGCUUCGUUGUCUUCACAACAUACCCAUGUAUGCCACCGCGUCUCCUCCCCGAAGAAUAUGGUUUCUUCGACACCGUCCGCCGCGAAGACGCCGAGUCAAUCUACGCCACCAACAAGUUCUUCAACCAACUCGCCGCGUUCCCCUCGCUUCACUUUGGGUACUCUUUCUGCAUCGGCACUGUUCUCCUGUACCACUCUGGUCUGUUCCGCCGGCGCCUUGCCCCCCGCGAGAAGCGCAUGAGCAAGGCGUGGCAGGUGUUCUUCGUGGCGCUGAGCAUCUUGUACCCCGCGUUUGUGUUGACUAUCAUUGUUGCUACGGCGAAUCACUACUGGCUUGAUGCUCUGGCUGCUACAGGUGUUGUUCUGGUUGCUUGGCUGUCGAACCGUAUCUUGCUUGGCCUUUUGCCCUUGGAGGAUCUGUUCCUCUGGUGUGUCAAGCUGGAGAAGCCCUUCCCUACGACUGGUAACCGGGGAGGAAAAUAAAUGACACUCAGCAUGCUUUAUCCAAUCAUCACAUAACGAUAUCCCAUAGCAACUCAUCGCAAUGAACAAAUUAAUGUUAAUCUAGAAUAAUGCCAAUACACGCACGCUUCCUCUUGAACCCCCACUUC